AUGUCAGACCGGAAGCGCGCAGUUGACUCAGACAACGUCUGGACAACCCUCAUCACCAACCUCGACUACCUCCCCGGCCUCCUCACCCUCAACCACUCCCUCCGCGCCGCCUCCUCCAAAUACCCCCUCGUCGCCCUCUACACAGACACCUUCCCCGAGUCUGGCCUCGCCGCCCUCCAGGCCCGCGGCAUCCCCUCCCAGCGCAUCGAGUACCUCCUCCCGGCAUCCGGCAGGGACUACUCCAACGACCCGCGCUUCUACGACUGCUGGAGCAAGCUCGUGCCCUUCUCCCUCACCCAGUACUCGCGCAUCGUCCAGCUCGACUCCGACAUGCUCGUCCUCCGCAACAUGGACGAGCUCAUGACCCUCGACCUCGACCCGCCCUCGCUCAGCGAAUCCGGCAAUUCAUCCUCCAGCAAACGCGUCUUCGCCGCCGGCCACGCCUGCGUCUGCAACCCCCUCCGCAAGCCUCACUACCCCAAGGACUGGAUCCCCGAAAACUGCGCCUUCACGCACCAGCACAGCGACCCCGAAACCGCCCAGACCGUCGGCGCAGACCCUUCCGUCGGGCCCCUGGGCUUCAUGAACGGCGGCCUGCAAGUCGUCAACCCCUCCGCCGUGCUAUACUCGCAAAUCGUCGCCCACAUGGAGGCCGACGCCGCAAACAUGGACUUUGCAGACCAGUCCCUCCUGUCGGACCUGUACCGCGGGCGGUGGGUGCCUCUGCCGUAUACGUACAAUGCGCUCAAGACGCUGCGCUGGAAGGGCGUGCAUGACCCGAUCUGGAGAGACAACCAGGUCAAGAACAUGCACUACAUCUUGAGCCCGAAGCCGUGGGAUGAGAUUGACGACAAGGGAGAGUGGACGGGGACUGACGAGUCGCACAAGUGGUGGGUUGAUGCGAAUCGCGAAAGAAAGGCCGCUGAGAAGGAACAGGGUAUUAAUGACAAUUUUUGA